AUGGGCACCAAGCGAUCCUGGCAAGGCCAGCCUGUCACUAUGCAAAACAAAUCAGACACCCAGUCUUCCGACUCGGCCGGUCCGACCAUCUCCAUCUUUGAGAACUUCCGCAAUGAGCUGGACGAGCACCACGACAGGCGCGAACGCAUAAUCAAGACUAGCCGGGAUAUUACCGCCCUUAGCAAGAAGAUUAUUUUCGCCCUCCAACGCGUCCGCGCAACCAACACCCCCAUCCCCGCCAACAUCGCCAAAGAAAACCAAACGCGCCUCGAUCAGAUCCAAACUCUCUUCACAAACAUCAUCCCUGACCUCACCGGCAUCAAUUCCUGGCGCUAUCGCUCAAUCAGCGGCGGUAUCCAAGAGUACAUCGAAGCAAUCUCCUUCGAGCACUACCUCCGCACACAAACCCUCAUCACCCACGCCGAAGUAUGCGAACGACUACCCGCCGGUAUUAUGGUCACAGAAGAGGAUUACCUGAUGGGUCUCUUUGACUUGACGGGUGAAAUGAUGCGAUUCGCCGUACUGUCCUUGAGCUCAGGCAACGCUGCUGCCACAUCUACCGAACCCGCCGAGACCGAGUUGACGGACGCGAAGAAGCAAUUACCUCACCUUGCCGCUUCACAAGCGGACCUCGUCGUUGAUUUGCGCACUAUGCGUGCAGGCUUCGAGGAAUUAUCUGUACCUCGGAAGUACAACAUGCUCCGGGAUCUCCAUAAGAAAACCGAGGUCAUGCAAAAUAGCGUGGAGAAGGUGGAACGGGCGGCUUAUGGUAUCUUGGUGCGAGGUAGCGAGAGGCCAAGUGGGUGGACACCGGAUUUGUCGGCAGCUGUUGAGGUGGAGGCUCAAUAA